AUGAUGCAGAAGCCCACCACGCCGAAGCGCCAAGCCUAUUGGGCGCACAUAUUCGAUAAAAGCACCUUCGGCACGCGCGGGGAGCUAUGGGUCCCGUUGCAGCUCCUCGCGAUCGCCCUCGUCUUCUUCCCGCUUCCCGAUUGGCUCAUCACAGACAAGCUCCGCCUUCCGCUCUCCUUCUGCGCGUCCCAGUCCGUCCGCGAGGGCGCGUUUGUCGCGGGAGUGCCGCUGCUCGUGCUGAGCGUCUACCUCGGCCUCGCGUCGUUCAACGACCUCGCGGGGAGCUUCUCGCCCUUCCCCAAGCCGCGCGCGGACGGCGCAGGGCUCAAGACGGGCGGGGUGUACCGCUUCGCGCGCCACCCCAUGUACGCCGCCGCCGUGCUGCUCUCCGCCGCCGUCGCGUGCAUAACGGGCAGCACGGCGCGGCUGCUGGCGGCGUGCGCCAUGGCGGCGGUGCAUGACGCCAAGGCUCGCGUGGAGGAGAGGCACCUCAGGGAGCGGUUCGGGGAGAGGUACCUGGCGUACAUGAAGCGCGUGAAGCGGUUCGUGCCCUUUGUGUACUGA